GCAGGCGCGGGGCGGAGCGGGGCCAGCCCGGCCCCCUGGGUCCCAGCCCGGCCCGUGCGCAGGCGGGUCCCGGCUGCAGCCCCAGCGCGGGGAGCGGGCGAGAGGCGGCCCCGGGGAGGCAGCAGCCGCGGGGCGGGAAGUCGCUGCCCGGGCGGAGGAAGCGGCCGGGGCCGGAGCCGAGCCCGGCGAUGGCUGCAGCGGGGCCGGCGCAGCAGCUCCAGGUGGUGUUUGAGGACGUUGCUCUGUAUUUCACCCGGGAGGAGUGGGAGCUCCUAUCCCAGCCACAGAAGCAGCUGUACCGGGACCAGAUGCUGAGGAAUUACCAGGCCCUUGUUUCCUUGGGCUAUUCAGAUUCCACACCAGACUUAAUCCACCGGAUCGAGCUAGGGGAGGCAGAGCUCUGGAUCUGGGAUGCUGAGGACUCCGGGGAAAGCUCAGGGCCUGAGAGCCCCUCCUCAGCAGGGCUCGGGAUCCUGGGAGGAACGAGGACACAGUCUGAGUGUGGGGAGAGUGCAGCAGGAAAGCAGGAUCCCACGGCCCACAGGGGGAUCCAUGCACAGGACGCAGUCCAUCCCCCGGAUAAACUCAGCCAGAGACCAGAUGUGGCUACACAACAGAGACUCCCCAGGGGCUGGCGCCCCCACCACCGCAUUGACGGCAGCAAGAGGUUCAGCAACCCCUCCGUGCUGAACCAGCAUCGGCGCAUGCACCCCAGGGAGCAACGGUAUCGCUGUGCUGACUGUGGCAAGAGCUUUGCACACAACUCAAGCCUGAGAAUACAUCAGCGCACGCACACCGGGGAGUGGCCGCACCACUGUGCUGAGUGCGGCAAGGACUUUUCACGGAUCGGACACCUGACAACACACCAGCGCACACACACUAAGGAGCGGCCAUACCGCUGUGAUAAGUGUGGCAAAGGCUUUGCACAGAUCUCACAGCUGAGAAUGCACCAGCGCACGCACACCGGGGAGCGGCCGCACCGCUGCACCGACUGCGGCAAGAGCUUUGUACAGUUUACGCACCUGACAAGACACCAGCGCACACACACUGGGGAGCGGCCAUACCGCUGUGAAGAUUGUGGCAAGGGCUUUGCACAGAUACCACAUCUGAGAAUGCACCAGCGCACUCACACAGGGGAGCGGCCACACUGCUGUGCUGACUGCGGCAAGAGCUUUGCACAGUUUACCCACCUGAUAAGACACCAGCGCGCACACACUGGGGAGCGGCCAUACCGCUGUGAAGAUUGUGGCAAGGGCUUUGCACAGAUCUCAGUGCUGAGAAUGCACCAGCGCACGCACACAGGGGAGCGGCCGCACUGCUGUGCUGACUGCGGCAAGAGCUUUGCACAGAUCUCAGUGCUGAAAAUGCACCAGCGCACGCACACAGGGGAGCGGCCGCACUGCUGUGCUGACUGCGGCAAGGGCUUUGCACAGAUCUCACAGCUGAGAAUGCACCAGCGCACGCACACUAACGAGUGGCCAUACUGCUGUGCUGACUGUGGCAAAGGCUUUGCACACAACUCAAGCCUGAGAGUACAUCAACGCAUGCACACCGGGGAGCGGCCGCACCACUGUGCUGAGUGCGGCAAGGGCUUUUCACAGAUCGGACACCUGACAACACACCAGCGCGCACACACUAAGGAGUGGCCUUACUGCUGUGCUGACUGUGGCAAAGGCUUUGCAAACAGCUCAAGCCUGAGAGUACAUCAACGCACGCACACCGGGGAGCGGCCAGACCGCUGCACCGACUGCGGCAAGAGCUUUGCACACAGCUCAAGCCUGAGAGUACAUCAACGCACGCACACCGGGGAGCGGCCGCACCGCUGUGCUGAGUGCGGGAAGGGCUUUACACAGAUCGGACACCUGACAAGACACCAGCGCACACACACUGGGGAGCGGCCAUACCACAGUGAAGAUUGUGGCAAGGGCUUUGCACAGAUCUCAGUGCUGAAAAUGCACCAGCGCACGCACACAGGGGAGCUGCCGCACUGCUGUUCUGACUGCGGCAAGAGCUUUGCACAGAUCUCAGUGCUGAGAAAACACCAGCGCGCGCACACCGGGGAGCAGCCGUACAGCUGUGCUGAUUGUGGCAAAUGCUUUUCUCAGUUGGGCAACCUCACCCGGCACCAGGUCACUCACACCAACACCCUUGUGUCAGUGCCAGGGCCUGAGGGGCUUGUGGCAGCCGAUGGGCCUGGCACAGUGCCAGCAGAUGCAGACCAGGGAGUGGUCCUCUCCCCAUGAUGCCCAGCAGAGAGACUGUGUGGAGCAGGGAAGAGGACUUUGCCGAGCAGUGUGGGGAAGAGCAGACAGGUGGGUAGCUAUCCCACGGAGCAUCUCUUCCUCUUCUGCCGCUAAGUGUUUUGGGAAGUGAAGAGGAGCUCGACAUUGAACUCACCACCCAUAGUAGCUACGACACAAGGUUGCUUGUGGCAUUCACAGAGGUGCUGACCACAGUGGAACAUCGCUUUUUGGACUUGGGAAACAAGCACUGAAUGGUGGGAUCACAUCGUCAUGCAUGUAUGGGAUAAGCAGCGGCUGCAGAACUUUCAGAUGAGGAAAGCCAUUUCCGUGGGUCUGUGUGAUGAGCUCGCCCCAGCCCUGCAGUGCAAGGACAUGAGAAUGAGAGCUGCCCUGCCCAUGGAGAAGCACGUGGCAAGUGCACUGUGGAAGCUGGCUGCUCCAGACUGCUACCAAUCAGUCGCUAACCAGUUCGGAGUGGGAAAGUCGACCGUUAGACUUGUGUUGAUGGAAGUGUGCAGGGCCAUUAAUCGCAUCCUGCUCAGAAGAACCAUGGCUCUGGGCAACGUGUAUGACAUUGUAGAUGGCUUUGCGCAAAUGGGUUUCCCUAACUGUGGAGGGGUGAUAGAUGGGACGCAUAUUCCACUUCUGGCAUGAGACCAACUAGCCUCCAAGUAUGUUAAUCGCAAGGGGUAUUUCUUGAUGAUUCUCCAGACGCUUGUGGAUCACUGUGGGCAUUUCACAGACAUUAACCCAGGCUGAUCCAGAAAGGUGCAUGAUGCAUGCAUCUUUCAAAACACUGGACUGUUCAGGAAGCUGCAAGCUAGGACUUUCUUCCUGGACCAGAAGAUCACUGUAGGGGAAGUUGAAAUGCCCAUUGGGAUCCUGGGAGAAUGACGGUUGAGUGUGAUUUUGGUCAUUUAAAGACCCGCUGGCGCUGUCUGUAUGGGAAGCUGGACCUGGCCGAUGACAACAUUCCUAUGCUUGUAGCCGCUUGUUGUAACCUCCAUAAUAUUUGUGACGGGAAGGGUGAAAGGUUCACUCAGGGAUGGACCAUUGAGGCUCAGCGCCUGGAAGCUGAAUUUGAACAGCCAGAGACCAGGGCUAUUAGAGGGGUGCAGCACUGGGCCAUAAGGAGCUGCUGAAAGCCAGUAAUAUUUGUUACUAUGCUCAGGAGUGCAGUGCUUGAAAUGCUAGUACGUGACUGCAAUUCUUCCAUACUAUACACUGAAAUAACUUUAGAAAAAUGCCUGUUGCUUUGCGUGGCUAUGUUUGCUUUCAUUUAAUGCAACAAAGAUUGGUUUCAAACUAAACAAAUUCAUUUAUUAACAACAAGCAGAGGAGAGAGACAAAUGGUAAAACAUAUCUGCACUGUGUGGGAUGGGGGAAGGGAGGUGUGAUGGGUUCAGUCACAGAGAUCCCCUUGGGACUAUCACCUGAUGUGCUGAAAUUACCUCAGAGCCAGUUUUCCCUGCCAGUUUGGGAUUUCCAGAACCCUGUCUUGUUGAGCCAGACAUGCUAGCCUGCUGUAACAGAUCCAGGGUCUGGGCCAUGCCCCCAAAGCUGCAGACUUAACUGAAAACAGCUAAGCAAGUUACCUGUCUCUAGCACGGGUAGGCAACCUAUGUCACGCGUGCCAAAGGCGGCACGUGAGCUGAUUUUCAGUGGGACUCUCACUGCCUGGGUCCUGGCCACCGGUCCGGGGGCUCUGUAUUUUAAUUUAAUUUUAA